CUGGUGAAAACGAUGAAUUUAUUAUGACCACUAACGCAUUUGGAAUCUUUGAAGGCAUAAAUGUGACUACUUCAAUGGGUCCAAUUCAUAAAGCCUAUCAUGAGUUUUAUGUCAUCUCCCCAAAAUUAUUAUUGGUCCUUUGUGAUAGUAGAUUUCGAGGUGGUAUAUUUGAAUUUAGAGAUAAUUUUUUGGGAAUUAAAUAUCGUUCAGUUUUUGAAGAUGUUCCUCAUCCACCACCGAUUCCGGAAUAUGUAAAUAUCUCUCAAGCUAAUACUAAGUUAAAACCAGACGAUAAAUCUGAUGAUCGGUUUGAAAAAGAUUGGUGGGACAAGAAAACAGGCAUCAAAAGACAUCCUGAUGACAAAUUUACCUUUACAUUCGUUAAAGUCAAUUCAGCCACUGUUCACCUCGUAAAUUCCGUUUUGCUUAAUGAGGCUACUCCAGACCUACAAGUAUCAUUUCUUUCCCUUUCAUACCUUUAUAAAACAAUAGUUAAAUACAAUAAAAAUGUCAAGGACAUUAGUACACUGAAAGACUUCUCAAAUGUGAAAAAGACCUUGUUCAGGGAAUUUAAUAGAAUUCAUGAAGAUGACCUAAGUCUCCGAAAAAAUAUUUCUGCCGGCAAUUAUGUGUUGGAAUCUAAUCACAUUGAUUAA